AUAAAUGUCAGGGAAUUUCUACUCAAAUCGAGAGGAACCAGCACAAUGGGGAUCUCCAUCGUUAUCUUUGAAAUAUGUCUUUUGUGGGGUCAAAUUCUUUCUACAGCUUCUCAAUCAAGAAGUUCCACACCUGAUUGGUGGAACCAUGGGGGCACAAUUAAUGAUGUGAUCUACGACACUCAAGAAACCACAGAAGUGACGACUACUCAAGUUCCUGAUUCCACAUCAAUAGGAACAGAUUCUGGUUUGGCUGUGAGGCUGGUGAAUGGAGGAGACAGGUGUCGGGGUCGCGUGGAGAUCCUUUACCAGGGUUCCUGGGGCACUGUGUGUGAUGACAGCUGGGACAUCAAUGACGCCAACGUGGUGUGCAGGCAGCUGGGCUGUGGCUGGGCCUUGUCUGCCCCAGGAAAUGCCCAGUUUGGACAGGGCUCUGGGUCCAUUGUUCUGGAUGACGUGGCCUGUAGAGGACACGAGGCCUAUCUGUGGAGCUGCUCCCACCGAGGCUGGCUCUCUCAUAACUGUGGCCACCAGGAGGAUGCUGGAGUGAUCUGCUCAGAUUCUCAAACAAGCAGUCCCACACCUGAUGUGAUCUACGACACUCAAGAAACCACAGAAACUCCUCAAACAAGCAGUCCCACACCUGAUUGGUGGAACCAUGGGGGCACAAUUAAUGAUGUGAUCUACGACACUCAAGAAACCACAGAAGGGACAGAUUCUGUUCUGGCUGUGAGGCUGGUGAACGGAGGAGACAGGUGUCGGGGUCGCGUGGAGAUCCUUUACCAGGGUUCCUGGGGCACUGUGUGUGACGACAGCUGGGACAUCAAUGACGCCAACGUGGUGUGCAGGCAGCUGGGCUGUGGCGAGGCCUUGUCUGCCCCAGGAAGUGACCAGUUUGGACAGGGCUCUGGGUCCAUUGUUCUGGAUGAGGUGGCCUGUACAGGAAAUGAGACCUCUCUGUGGAACUGCUCCCACCGAGGCUGGCUCUCUCAUAACUGUGACCACCAGGAGGAUGCUGGAGUCGUCUGUUCAGAUUCUCAAACAAGCAGUCCCACACCGGAUUCUCAAACAAGCAGUCCCACACCUGGUUGGUGGAACCCCGGGGGCACAAAUAACGAUGUGUCCUAUGGACCCGAACAGACCACAGACGAUUCUGGUUUGACUGUGAGGCUGGUGAAUGGAGGAGACAGGUGUCAGGGUCGCGUGGAGAUCCUUUACCAUGGUUCCUGGGGCACCGUAUGUGAUGACAGCUGGGACACCAGGGAUGCUAAUGUGGUGUGCAGGCAGCUGGGCUGUGGCUGGGCCUUGUCUGCCCCAGGAAGUGCCCACUUUGGACAAGGCUCUGGGUCCAUUGUUCUGGAUGACGUGGCCUGUACAGGACAUGAGGCCUAUCUGUGGAGCUGCUCCCACCGAGGCUGGCUCUCUCAUAACUGUGGCCACCAGGAGGAUGCUGGAGUCAUCUGUUCAGAUGCCCAAACCCAGAGCACAACCUGGCUAGAUAUGUGGCCUACUACCACCCCAGAAACUACAACAGAUUGGUGGACUACAAAAUAUUCUUCCUCUGGUCCUACAACACCAUUCCCCACUAUAGCCGAUUGGUGGACAACUUCUUCUCCGGAAUACACCUGUGGAGGUUUACUGACCCUACCCUAUGGGCAGUUGUCCAGCCCAUACUACCCUGGAAGCUAUCCUAACAAUGCCAGAUGUUUGUGGAAAAUUUUCGUCCCCAGCAUGAACCGUGUGACAGUGGUCUUCACAGAUGUGCAGCUUGAAGGAGGUUGCAACUAUGACUACAUCCUGGUUUUUGAUGGCCCUGAAUACAAUUCUUCUCUCAUUGCUCGGGUUUGUGAUGGGUUCAAUGGAUCUUUCACCUCAACCCAGAACUUCAUGUCUGUAGUCUUCAUCACGGAUGGCAGUGUCACAAGGAGAGGGUUCCAAGCUAACUACUACUCCACUCUUAUCAGCACCAGCACAACCUCUCCAACGACGUUCCCGAUCGUUACUGAUUGGUGGACAACUCCUUCUCAGGAAUACACCUGUGGAGGUUUACUGACCCUACCCUAUGGGCAGUUUUCCAGCCCAUACUACCCUGGAAGCUAUCCUAACAAUGCCAGAUGUUUGUGGAAAAUUUUCGUCCCCAGCAUGAACCGUGUGACAGUGGUCUUCACAGAUGUGCAGCUUGAAGGAGGUUGCAACUUUGACUACAUCCUGGUUUUUGAUGGCCCUGAAUACAAUUCUUCUCUCAUUGCUCGGGUUUGUGAUGGGUUCAAUGGAUCUUUCACCUCAACCCAGAACUUCAUGUCUGUAGUCUUCAUCACGGAUGGCAGUGUCACGAGGAGAGGGUUCCAAGCUAACUACUACUCCACUCUUAUCAGCACCAGCACAACCUCUCCAACGACGUUCCCGAACAUUACUGGAAAUUAUUCUUCAUUGGUGCUGAGACUGGUAAAUGGAACAAACCGGUGUGAGGGCCGAGUGGAGAUCUUAUACAGAGGCUCUUGGGGUACCGUGUGCGAUGACAGCUGGGACAUCAUUGAUGCCAAUGUGGUCUGCAGACAGCUCGGUUGUGGCUCUGCUCUGUCUGCCCCAGGAAAUGCUUGGUUUGGUCAGGGUUCAGGGCUCAUUGUCCUGGAUGAUGUGUCUUGCUCUGGGUAUGAGUCUCAUCUGUGGAAUUGUCGUCACCCUGGCUGGCUUGUCCAUAAUUGUCGCCAUGUUGAGGAUGCAGGAGUCAUCUGCUCACUCCCUGAUCCGACUCCCUCUCCUGGUCCAGUUUGGACAAGUCCUCCUUUUGUAAACUACACUUGUGGAGGUUUCCUGACUGGAUUCUCUGGGCAGUUUUCUAGCCCAUUCUACCCUGGGAGCUAUCCUAAUAAUGCCAGAUGUUUGUGGAACAUUGAAGUUCCAAACAACUACCGCGUGACUGUGGUCUUCAGAGAUGUGCAGUUGGAAGGGGGCUGCAACUAUGACUAUAUAGAGAUUUUUGAUGGCCCCUACCACAGUUCACCUCUCAUUGCCCGGGUUUGUGAUGGGGCCAUGGGCUCUUUCACUUCAACAUCCAACUUCAUGUCAAUUCGCUUCACCACUGAUCAGAGUGUUACUCGAAGAGGGUUCCAGGCUGACUACUACUCAGAUUUAGACAAUAAUACCACCAAUCUCCUUUGUCUGUCAAAUCACAUGCGAGCCAGUGUGAGCAGGAGCUACCUUCAGUCCAUGGGCUACUCCGCUAGGGAUCUUGUCAUUCCUGGUUGGAACGUGAGUUACCAGUGUCAGCCUCAGAUAACACAAAGGGAGGUCAUAUUCACAAUUCCCUACACAGGCUGCGGUACUACCAAACAGGCUGACAACGAGACCAUCAACUACUCCAACUUCCUCAAAGCGGCUGUUUCAAAUGGCAUUAUCAAAAGGAGAAAGGAUCUCCACAUCCAUGUCAGCUGCAAGAUGCUUCAGAACACCUGGGUCAACACCAUGUACAUCACCAACAACACAGUCGAGAUCCAGGAAGUCCAGUAUGGCAAUUUUGACGUGAAUAUUUCCUUUUAUACAUCCUCCUCCUUCUUGUAUCCAGUGACCAGCAGCCCAUAUUAUGUGGAUCUGGACCAGAAUUUGUACCUUCAGGCCGAAGUCCUCCAUUCGGAUACCUCUUUGGCUCUGUUUGUGGACACCUGUGUGGCUUCGCCACAUCCCAAUGACUUCUCGUCUUUGACAUAUGAUCUCAUCAGGAGUGGAUGCAUACGAGAUGAAACCUACCAAUCUUACUCCUCGCCCUCACCACGCAUCACCCGCUUUAAAUUCAGUUCUUUCCACUUCCUGAACCGCUUCCCCUCAGUGUACCUACAGUGUAAACUGGUGGUUUGUCGAGCAUACGAUGUCUCCUCACGGUGCUACAGAGGAUGUGUAGUAAGGUCCAAGAGGGAUGUAGGCUCCUACCAAGAAAAGGUGGAUGUUGUUCUGGGACCCAUCCAGUUGCAAUCUCCCAGCAAAGAAAAGAGGAGUCUCGACUUGGCAGUGGCGGAUGUGGAGAAGCCAGCCAGCUCCCAGGAGGUCUAUCCCACUGCAGCCAUCUUUGGUGGAGUCUUCCUGGCCCUGGUUGUAGCUGUGGCAGCCUUCACACUGGGAAGGAAGACACGCACUGCCCGUGGUCAACCUCCAAGUACUAAGAUGUGAAGCAAAACAACCCAGACAUUGGCUCCACAUGCAUAGAUUCCCAGAAAAGAUGGAAGACAGGAGUGUCUAAUGCCUGUCACCCAGAUACACGAUGACUAGGCUUCCCUUAGCACAAAUGCGUGGCCGAGUAUGAUCAGAUGGCAAAGAAGAAAGGUGGGGGCCAAGUUUUCCCAGGAUCUAGAGGCUGAAGGCUGGGAAGAAUGCCAUCGGAGAAUGAGAUCAGUGUCUACAAUCACAGGCAACUGUGACCAAACACUGGUGUCAGCCAUCCUUUCUCUAGCUAGACUUUCCCUUUACCCCUUUUAUAGCUGACUGUUUUGAACUGUAGUGUUAAUAUGGGCCUUUCUGUACAACAAACUAAAUAUAAAGAAUCUUUUUCAAAGCAA